AAGACUUAAAUAGUGGUCCAGAGUAAAGAGGAAUCACAUAUUCACCUGGAAAUCAGAGGAUAUUGGACACAGGCCACCUGCCAAUCAUACCUGGGAAUAAAACUACAUCUGUUCAAGGACUUACCUUUUGAAUUAAGGAGAAUAAAGUCUACAGGCAUGGAUAAACGACUGCUCCUCAGUUUUUUGUUGGUGACACUGUCCUUGGAAUUUAUGGCCACCUAUGCUCAGAGUAAUACAACAACAGUAGCACCAGCCAGCAAUGCAACCGCAGUAACACCAGCCAGUAAUGCAACCACAGUAACACUAGCCAACAACGCAACCGCAGUAACACCAGCCAGCAAUGCAACCACAGUAACACUAGCCAACCAUGCAACCGCAGUAACACCAGCUAACAACGCAACCGCAGUAACACCAGCCAGCAAUGCAACCACAGUAACACUAGCCAACCAUGCAACCGCAGUAACACCAGCUAACAACGCAACCGCAGUAACACCAGCUAACAAUGCAACCACAGUAACACUAGCCAACCACGCAACCACAGUAACACAGGCCAACAACGCAACCACCGUGGCAGCAGCCAGCAAUGCAACCACAGUAACACCAGCCAGCAAUGUAACCACAGUAACACUAGCCAACCACGCAACCGCAGUAACACCAGCCAACAACGCAACUACAGUAACACUAGCCAACCACACAACCGCAGUAACACCAGCUAACAACGCAACCGCAGUAACACCAGCCAACAACGCAACUACAGUAACACUAGCCAACCACGCAACCGCAGUAACACCAGCUAACAACGCAACUGCAGUAACACCAGCCAGCAAUGCAACCACAGUAACACCGGCCAACAACGCAACCACCGUGGCAGCAGCCAGCAAUGCAACCACAGUAACACCAGCCAACAACGCAACUACAGUAACACUAGCCAACCACGCAACCGCAGCAACACCAGCUAACAACGCAACCGCAGUAACACCAGCCAGCAAUGCAACCACAGUAACACUAGCCAACCACGCAACCGCAGUAACACCAGCCAACAACGCAACUACAGUAACACUAGCCAACCACACAACCGCAGUAACACCAGCCAACAACGCAACUACAGUAACACUAGCCAACCACACAACUGCAGUAACACCAGCUAACAACGCAACCGCAGUAACACCAGCCAACCACGCAACCGCAGUAACACCAGCCAGCAAUGCAACCACAGUAACACUAGCCAACCACGCAACCGCAGUAACACCGGCCAACAACGCAACCGUAGUAACACCGGCCAGCAACGCAACCACAGUAACACUAGCCAACCACGCAACCGCAGUAACACCGGCCAACAACGCAACCGCAGUAACACCAGCCAGCAAUGCAACCACAGUAACACUAGCCAACCACGUAACCGCAGUAGCACCGGCCAGCAACGCAACAACAAUAGCACCAGCCAGCAACACAACGACAGUAGCGCCAGCCAAAAACGCAACCACAGUAGCGCCGGCCAGCAACGCAACAACAGUAGGACCAGCCAAAAACGCAACCACAGUAGCACCAGCUAACAACGCAACAACAGUAGGACCAGCCAAAAACGCAACCACAGUAGCACCAGCUAACAACGCAACUACAGUAGUACCUGCCAAAAACGCAACCACAGUAGCGCCAGCCAACAACGCAACCGCAGUAGCGCCAGCCAACAACGCAACAAUAGUAGGACCAGCUAACAACGCAACUACAGUAGCACCAGCCAGCAAUGCAACUACAGUAGCAUCAGCCAAAAACACAACCACAGUAGCACCAGCCAACAACGCAACCAAAGUUGCACCAGCAAGCAAUGCAACUACAGUAGCACCAGCCAACAACGCAACUACAGUAGCACCUGCCAAAAACGCAACUACAGUAGCACCGGCCAACAACACAACUACAGUAGCACCGGCCAACAACGCAACUACACUAGCACCAGCCAAAAACGCAACUACAGUACCACUAGCCAACAACGCAACCAAAGUAGCACCAGCAAGCAAUGCAACUACAGUAGCACCGGCCAACAACACAACUACAGUAGCACCAGCCAAAAACGCAACUACAGUAGCACCAGCUAACAACGCAACUACUAUGCCACUAGCCAACAACGCAACCAAAGUAGCACCAGCCAACAACGCAACUUCAGUAGCACCAGCCAACAACGCAACUUCAGUAGCACCAGCCAACAACGCAACUACAGUAGCACCAGCCAAAAACUCAACUACAGUAGCACCAGCCAACAACGCAACUACAGUAGCACCAGCCAACAACGCAACUUCAGUAGCACCAGGUAAAAACGUAACCACCGUAGCACCAGCUAACAACGCAACUACAGUACCACUAGCCAACAACGCAACCAAAGUAGCACCAGCAAGCAACGCAACUACAGCAGUACCAGCCAACAACGCAACAGCAGUAGCACCAGUCAAAAACGCAACUACAGUAGCACCAGCCAGCAAUGCAACUACAGUAGCAUCAGCCAACAACGCAACUACAGUAGCACCAGCUAGCAACGCAACCACCGUGGCACCAGCUAGCAACGCAACCACCAUGGCACCGGCUAAUAAUGCAACCACAGUAGCAUCAAACACACUCCCGGCAGUGGCCAGUAUUUCUCGACAAGAAUGUGGCUCCUCAAAGCUCUGUGCAGCUGAACCCUCAAAGUGUGAUCCCUCUUCCUCAACCUGCUAUUUCGUUUCUGCCAAGCAACAAAGUGGCCAAACGUACAACUUUGAGCUCUCAGGACAGACAGACGGCUACAUUGCUGCUGGUCUGUCAAAUGCUGCAUCUGAGACUGCCAGUCUCAGAGCCUAUUUCUGCGCUAACCACAAAGGUGCUGUCCGUUUCUUCACUGGCUUCAUCAAUAAUCUGGUUCUAAAUCUCACACAGACACUGGACUCAAGCAAUGAGCGGGGAUCAGUCAACUCAGGCAAAAUCCAGUGUACAUUUUCAGCUGUUCUUCCUGACACGACACGAGCAGCAGGCUACUCCAUGUCUAUUACAACUGGACCUUACAAUGCUAGUUCUGGGCAGCCAGGAACAGCAAGCUUCAAAGUACUAACGCCUGUCGUAAGCCUCUCCGACCCUACCGCCAACGUCACCAAUUUGCUGAGCAACAGCACUAACAGCACUUCGUCUGCUUACCCGGUCACACACACACAGUCAUUCUUGCCAGUUCUGCUGGUCACCGUGUCGAUGCUGGCUUUCACAGCAGUAUGAAGCAACUGACCUCCACCACUACACAAGAGGAAAAAAUAGACGUUUUCAAGAGUCCCAAAACGUCUGUUGCCAUGAUUUUCACCAGCAUAUCUCAUCAUGCGUAACAGUAUUUGGGUUGAAAGGUCUGGUUACCUUUGAAGCCCAUUUUACUGGUGCAUGUUGAAAACUUCUUAUCUGACUUCUUUUGACUUUAUGUAAUAUUAUUCUUUGUUGUGAUUGUGAUGUUAUUCCUAAAUUAUGAAGUCUUUACUGGCUGAUGUGAAUGGGCUUGUUGAUCAAACGAAUGCUAAAUGUGGUACCAACAGUUGGUGAAGGUCAUUUAAACAUUUGCACAAAUUAAUAAAUAUU